GGGACUCGCACGCGUGCCGCGCGACGCGAGUGACGGCCGUCGUGGCCGGUGACGGAGCGAAACGCGCGGCGAAAGAGCGCGUGCCUCGCGCUCCGCUAAUAGACACGCACGAGAGCGAGAGCGAGCAGAGUGGUCUGUGCGCAUGGUGCACGGCGGAUAUAAACGUCCCUCGUCGUCGUCACCGACCAUAUCAUCGCGCCGUCAUCUCGUCAUCGUCAUCGGCGGCUCGCGCGUCGCCGCCACUGCCGCCGGACAGCCAGCCACCGGAACAGAGCGAUCUCUCCGGAAGCUGCGCGAUCCACCGUGGCCGAGCGGCCGCCGCGCCGGGUGCCGCUGGAUCUCGUGAAAAUGACGGGCCGGACGAUGCGUUAUUUCUCUUCAACAAGGACGAUCUCCUAGGAAUGACACUAUGAAAGGAAAAGCACACGACCCGACCAUACAAGGUUUUGCGAAGCAGUAUCCUGGCUGUACAUUAUAUACCAGGAAAAAGUCGGGAGGAUCAACGGUCGUCGGAGGGUCGAGAUCGGGCCGCGGAAUUCUACUGAGGACCCUCGUGCUCGUCUUCCUGGCUACGUUUCUCUACCUGCAACUCCACGUGACGUUUAGUCUGACGGGUCGAGAUGAUUCCGGCCAGUCCUCGUCGAACGAAACCCUCUUCUCCCUCGUGCCUCAAGAAUUGCACAGAUUCCUGAAGGAGGGUCGUAAUUCGUCCGCCAGUUUGACAAACGUGAGUUCCGGCGCGCUCACGGAAUUCGAGAUUGCGGAAAUCCGGCGUAAGAUCGAGAGGGCAAAUGCGGAACAGAAAGUCUACAACGAGGAGGCGUUCGGGCCGCUGGCCAGCGACGCUCCUAUCAUAGUCAUCCAAGUGCACACGAGGCUCACUUAUCUCCGACACCUGAUCGUAUCGCUGGCGCAGGCGAAGGACAUUGAACAGGCCCUCCUGGUCUUCAGCCACGAUAUCUGGCACCCGGAUAUCAACUACCUCGUACAGAGCGUCGACUUUUGCCGGGUUAUGCAGAUCUUUUAUCCGCACAGUAUACAGACCCAUCCGCAUACGUUCCCCGGCGAGGGGCCCAACGACUGUCCACGGAAUAUCCGCAAAGAACAGGCCUUAAAUUUGAAGUGCGCCAACGCCAAGCACCCGGACUUGUAUGGCCACUACAGGGAAGCCAAGUUCACGCAGACCAAGCAUCACUGGUGGUGGAAGGCGAACCGUGUGUUCGACCGGCUCUCGGUGACGCGGAACCAUACCGGUAUGGUGCUGUUCCUCGAAGAGGACCACUACGUCGCCGAGGACUUCUUGCACGUGCUCAGACUCAUGGAGCGCACUUGCAAGCUCAGCUGCGAGCGUUGUAACGUCCUGUCGUUGGGUACAUAUUUAAAGACCUACAACUAUUUUACGGAUCUUACCCGCAAGUUCCUCGGCGUCGAUAGCGCUCUGCAGAAGGAGCUUCUGCGUGGGCUAAAGCGGCAGGAAGCACCGGCGGUCCGGAGGCAAAUCGGCGGCAACGGGGUCGACGACGUCACCGUCGGCGGUGCCGCCGGCAUCACCAACGGAAGUACCGGUGGAACCACAAGCGGUAUCACCGCUGGUAGUAACAGAGGCGGCAGCGGCGGCGGCGGCGGCGGCGGCGGUGGCAGUAUCAGCGGCAACGUUAUCAGCGGCGUCGGCGUCGGUGGCGUGUCUACCUAUCAGAACGUGGCGAACGCGAUGCAAACGGCGCCCGCAUGGGCCUUCCAGCUGCUACCCAGCCUCUACAACCACUAUCAGAAGGCGGAGGUGACCCCCUGGAUAUCCAGCAAGCAUAACAUGGGCAUGGCGUUCAAUCGCGUCACGUGGAAUAAGCUGCGGAAGUGUGCGGCGCAGUUUUGCUCGUAUGACGACUACAACUGGGACUGGAGCCUGCAGUAUAUCGCGCAGACCUGCCUGCCGCCCAGCCGAGGCGCCGGGAUUGCGCCUCGCGCCGAAUCCGGGUUGAUCACGAUGACGAUGAGAGCUCCGAGAGUCUUCCAUAUUGGUGAAUGUGGAGUCCACCAUAAGAAGAACAACUGCGAGUCGACGGCGGUGAUAGCGAAGGUCCAAAACGUGCUGAAGGCGGCGCGCAAUCACCUGUUCCCCACGCAGUUGACGUUAACGAUCGCCGGCACAGCGAAGAAGACGAAACUCAGAAAGGGCAACGGCGGCUGGGGAGACGUGCGAGAUCACCAGCUUUGUUGGAACAUGACUGUGUAUCCGGAUCUGAUCCUGCCUUGAAGCUCGAAGUCCUCCCGUGUGUGGGUGAUGAUUGGUUCCUACGUGUGCAUCGUACUGCAGAUUAAUCGUAGUGCGAUGAAUUCGCCAGUUACCGAACGACUGUCAGAGCCAAAUACGUCUGUCGUGAAUAUAUCCGUGAACACACGGCUUUGCCGAGAUAUUUUAAGGAUACGCCGCAGAGGAGCGAGGAGACCCCAUCGAAGGAUCUCCCUCCUUCAAUGAAUAGAUUUCGAUCUGAACACGUCAUCGUGUCGUUACCAGCCAUGGUCGUGAUCAUCGUAGCUAUUGUUAUCGUGAGAUCGUCGUCACUGCCGUGAGGUUUUCGCCGGAAAUAGCAGUAAUCGUAGAUGCUUCGUCGAGAUCCAUUGUAACAUCACGAAGUAGACGAAAGGAAAGAAAACACCGAGCGACAGUGAGCUCUCAAACCGGUGCUAUAUCUUGAGGACGUAUGCUUCACGUCUGGAUGCGUCUAGUUGAUUCGUCGCUUUGGACGCUGCGUGUCCAUCGCGACGACGUGAGAUAGACAAUUAAAGGGAGAGACACUAAGGUACACAGACGGAUUAGCGGAACGCCUGAAGUCGCUCGUGCGAAUGAAGGAGCAAGCGUUGGAUUGAUCGGCCGUCGAAGCAUAUAGUAACACGUUAUUACGGAUAAUGUUUCAACGGACGAAGAAGCACAAAAAAUUUACUUAUCCUGUUCACACACACAGAAAAAGAUGAAUAGCGCGAUAUAAACGUGGCCGGAUGAGCCACCGUUUCCUUUUCACUAUAUUUUCAGAGUACGAAUGAGAAUACGAUAGAGGAGUCUGUUUGGUCUAAAUCGAUGUAUUAUUAAUGUUCUAAGGGCCUAGACUCAAGACGGAGGAGAGGCAAUGCGUCAGCAUUGAUCCAAGUUCCAAUCGCCAGACGGAAGCGCGAACGCGUGUUGCGAGAAGUGAUCGAAUAAACGGAAACGACACGUUGGAACACGGUGGAAGCAAAACGGCUGUAUUCUGUACUUUGUAAUUUCAUGAUGGAAUAACGUUUCCGCUUUCCCCGACUAGCUUCUUAUAAUGAUCUGCUCUUUUCUAAGGGCCACGCUUGCGACGGCGUGGCGUUGUCGAGGUCGGCGAGGACCGAUCGCGAAAUGCGCUCAUUAUAUUCUAGUCAAUGUGUAUAACGUAAACACUGGAGCCGCAAGUAUUUAAUAAUAAUCGGUCGUAGAGAAUAAGUAAAGUUAAGGAUUUACACCUACUUUACUAGUGAUACGCCUUCGAAGGGCGCAAUGUAACGUCAUGUAACGACCUCGGGGAUAUGAACGUAAUUGAAUGUCAUGUACCUUUUAUAUUUAUAAUAAUAACAAAACCAAUGAGAAAA